AUGGAGCUGCUGCAGGCCCUCUGCUGUACGCUGCUGCUGCUUUUGGCCCGGAUGCAAGGACCUGCCUUUUGGGGCCUCAUCAAUCCGGAGUGGUCGCUGUGCAACAAGGGUCGUCGUCAGUCGCCGGUCAAUCUGGAGCCCCAACGCCUGCUAUUUGACCCCAACUUGAGGCCCAUGCACAUCGACAAGCACAGGAUAUCCGGACUGAUCACUAAUACGGGCCACAGCGUCAUCUUCACGGCCGGCAAUGAUACGGUGGCCAACUACGACGGCAUGCAGACGCCGGUGAACAUCUCGGGCGGACCGCUGUCGUACCGCUACCGCUUCCACGAGAUACACAUGCACUACGGCCUGAACGACCAAUUCGGAUCGGAGCACAGUGUCGAGGGCUACACGUUCCCGGCGGAGAUACAAAUAUUCGGCUACAAUUCCCAGCUGUAUGCCAAUUUCUCAGAUGCCCUCAAUCGCGCCCAGGGCAUCGUGGGCGUCUCCAUUCUGCUGCAGCUUGGAGACCUCUCGAAUGCCGAGCUGCGCAUGCUCACCGAUCAGCUGGAGCGGAUUCGCUAUGGCGGCGACGAGGCCUUCGUGAAGCGGCUCUCCAUCAGGGGAUUGCUCCCGGACACGGAUCACUACAUGACCUACGAUGGAUCCACAACGGCACCAGCCUGCCACGAAACAGUCACCUGGGUGGUGCUCAACAAGCCCAUCUACAUCACGAAGCAACAGUUGCACGCUUUGCGCCGCCUGAUGCAGGGCAGCCCAGACCACCCGAAAGCGCCCCUGGGCAACAAUUACCGGCCGCCCCAGCCGCUCCUGCACCGGCCCAUCCGCACCAACAUUGACUUCAAGACGACGAAGACGAACGGCAAGGCCGCCUGCCCCACCAUGUACCGCGAGGUCUACUAUAAAGCGACCAGUUGGAAACAGAACUAGAAGCCAGUGACGUGAUGGCGCAACGUAACGCAUCGUAAGCGUAGGCGUAUGACGUAAGUAGCGAGCGGCGUGCAACAGGAGCUUCCACUAAACAUACAUAUAACAAGGCGAUGCCGAGGGAGAAUUACACGAAACGGAAGGAUUCAGAUGGAGGAGGAAGAGGAGAAAGGGAAGGGACGAGGAGUGGGGUUGAGGAUCACAAAGGAAUCAGUGCAGCAGCGGCCAAAAAAGUGGCGAUUGGAAUUACACACAUCUAUAUAUAUAAAUAGGCAAAGGAAUAAUAUGGAUAGCGAUUACGAUUACGAUAAUUAGCAUUAAA